UGAAACUCGCAGCCUGGCAUUUUCAUUUUUGAUUCACAAAGGACUCUAAAGAUUGUGUUUUGUCAUCCCUGGUGGUGAGAGGAGGAGGGUCACCUGUUGAGCAGGGGCCGGCAGCGAUUUGCUCACCAGCAUUGGCGCAGUGAGGAUUAAAUUAAAAAAGACUGUCAGCUUUAGCACCGGUCACCGUGGAAAGGAACAGAGCGGGAAGACUGCAAGAUCUAACGGGGAGAAAGCGUUUGCUCGGAGGGAUUUUUUACUAAAAUCCGGUGGAGGGGCGAGGAAUGUGGAAUCUGCACUGGAAUGAAUGCGUGAAGCGUUGCCUGCGGGUCUGAAAAGGACAUUUGGAAGUUGAUCCAGGCUUUGACUUCAGGACACAUUCAGCUGAUGUUACUUUCUACAAUGAGCCAUCCGUCAAGAAUUUCUUGCCUUUUGAUGUUCUUUGGGAGUUUGAUGGUGCAGCUGAGCAAUGGAGAGUGUGAGCCCACAAAAAAGCAUGCAUACCUGGACUGGAAUGUGCAAUACAACUUUUCUAGCUUCAAAGCAAAAACAUUGAUACAGAACAUAGUCCUACAUAAUCAACAUAUAUAUGUAGGAGCAAUAAAUAAGAUAUAUGUUGUGAAUAGUAACCUAGAAAAGCUCUCUGAAUUCAAAACUGGCCCUGUUUUGGAAUCCCUGAACUGUUCGCCAUGUGACAACUGUGAGGAAAGUGAAAACAGCUCUGCAAUUAUAUGGAAAAACAACACAAACAUGGUCUUACUUGUAGAAACGUUUUAUGGAGAUCAGCUCAUUAACUGUGGCAGCACAAGGAAUGGUGUGUGUUUUCUCCACAAUCUCAAGCAUGAUGAUCCUGCUGAUAUUUCAAGCAAUGUUCAGUGUAUGUAUUCACUCCAUAACAACAAACCCAACAAGUGCCCAGAUUGCAUUGCUAGUCCUCUAGGUACAAAAGUGUUGAUGAUGAAGCAAGAUGGAUUUGUGAAUGUGUAUACAGUAGCAACACUGAGCUCUGCUCCUUUGGCAUUCCAAUUGCACUCAAUAUCUAUAAAGAGAUUAAAAGAAUCUGAAGAUGGUUUUCAGUUCCUCUCAGAUCAUUCCUACAUGGAUGUUAUUCCACAAUACAGGGAUGCCUAUCCUAUUAAGUAUCUAUAUGGUUUUGAAAGUGGGAGCUAUGUUUAUUUUUUAACUGUGCAACGUGAAUCUCUGGGCUCGCAGGCAUCUCACACCAAAAUUAUUCGAUUAAACAAGUCUGAUCCUUAUUUACAUUCUUAUGUAGAAAUGCCACUCGAAUGUAUUAUCAGUGAAAGACGGAAGAAGAGAUCCGCAAAUAUCGAAAUCUUCAAUAUCAUGCAGGCAGCGUAUGCAACUAAACCAGGUGCAGAUUUUGCUGGGCAGUUAGGUGUUUCUGCGGAAGAGGAUGUCCUUUUUGCAGUAUUUGCACAAAGUAAACCAGAGUCUACCGAACCUGCCAAUAGAUCAGCUGUCUGUGCAUUUUCUGUAAAAUCCAUCAAUCAGUUCUUUGAAGAUUUCAUUGAUGAUUGUUGCAAAAAAGGUCUCUCAAAGGGUCUUCACCACUUUUAUAACGCUGCUGAUAGAUACUGUGUGAAUAAGAGUUCAUCAGCUACGGAGACAUAUUGUGGAGGUGAUAGACUCCAGAUGGAAAGGACAAUCCCCGUGCAACGUUUGGACCUGUUUCUUGGGCAAUUCCGAAAUGUAUUGUUAACUUCAAUUGCAGUUUUCACUCAAGGAAAAGUAACUAUUGCAAAUCUGGGAACUGUUAAUGGUCGUAUUAUACAGGUGGUGCUUUCCCGAACUGAGCGAUCAAUGCCCCAUGUAAAUUUCCAGCUCGAUUCCAGCUCGGUAUCUCCUGAAGUAAUAGUUGAACAAUCUGGAUCUGAAGAAGGCUAUAUAAUUGUCAUCACAGGGAAAAAGAUAAGCAGAAUACCAUUAACAGGCCCAGGGUGUGGCCAUUUCUUGUCCUGCAGUAAAUGUUUAACAGCUCCUUCCUUCAUGCGUUGUGGGUGGUGUGGUGAUAGGUGUUCCAGAAUACAGGAAUGUACAAAUCAGAAAUGGGCCCAGAAUAUCUGCCCUCCUAUCAUCAGUGAGAUCUCCCCGCGAACUGCACCUUUUGAGGGUGGAACAAGACUAUCCAUUUGUGGGAAGGAUUUUGGAGCACUGAAAACUGGAAAAAUAGGUGCUAAAAUGAUUGCCAUAGAAGUUGGAAAUGCUCCCUGCAAAUUGGAGGCAAACAAAAGCAACAAGAACAGACUCCUGUGCAUAUUAGAAGCAGUCAAUGACACACAAGAUUAUAAUCCCGUCUAUAUUAAUUUAACUUUGAACAGAAGUUUGACAACACAAAUGUACGGCUUCCAUUUUGUGAAUCCAGCUGUAACCCACAUCUCCCCAACUCAUGGUCCCAAAUCAGGAGGAGCCUUACUUACCCUUACGGGAAAGUACUUGAAUAGUGGAAGUAGGAGGCAAGUUUUAAUUGGAGGAAAAGUGUGUGAUCUAAAAAGCGUCUCUGAAACUAAGAUUGAGUGCACCACUCCUGCCCACGCUUCUCUGCUGACACAUUCUGUGGUUUUGAAAAUAGACUCUGCUGUCCGUGAGGUCAAAAAUUCUUUCAUGUAUGUGGAAAAUCCAUCUAUCCACAAUAUUUAUCCAGCUUGGUCAUUUAGCAGUGGAGGCAGCACAGUUACUGUGAAAGGAAUUAACUUGAAUAUUGUACAGACCCCCCAGAUGGUAAUCACUCUACAGCAAAUACCAAAGGCUUUUCAUGUGAUGUGUAGAUAUGUGGAUGACUUAGAGGUGAUCUACUGUCAAACUCCUGCUCUGGAUCCCUUCAAACUGACACAACCUGCACAAGGCAAAGCUUCCUUUAUCUUUGAUAAUGUCACUGUGGGAUCCUUUGAUUUUGGCUAUGCUGAAGAUCCUUUGUUUAAGACGUUUAAAGUUCCGAAAGAAAUCAGAAAGGGUGGCAGUAAUUCUCUUGAUAUUGAAUUUCAAGGAGCACAGAUUAAGCCUGAAGCUGUUGAUGGUAAAAUCCUAACAAUUGGAAACCAAAGCUGUGAGAAUAUCCACCUGAAACCAAACACCAUAAUUUGUAUCAUACCUCUGGAACUUGUAUCUUCAAGAAGUGAAUUGGAUGUAGUGUGGAAAAAAGCCAAUUCAUCAAUUUAUCUGGGAAAAGUAAUCAUCCUUGAAAAUAAUAAUUUUAUUACUCUUAUUGUCGUCAUUGGGUUAAUCUUGCUGAUUCUCUUCCUGCUUGGAGUAUUUGUUUGGAGAUACAGAAAGAAACAAAUAAAAGACCUAAACCCAGAUGAAGUGCGGUAUGAUGGAAGAACGCAUACUCUGCACCUGGAUAGACUUGUGAAUACAAGAGCACGAAACAGUAUCACUGCGGAAAUGAUUUCUCAUGACUCCUCUGACUAUCGAACGACUCUUCAAGAAGAUCCAUUUCAGAAUUUGGCACAAGUUGCAUCACACAGACAAGCCCAAUUUUCUCAUUCAGAUCUUACUUGCAUAUUAUCAAGUGGAGACUCAGAUUCAACCAUGCCAUUGCUUCAGAAUAAUGUGAACAUCAACUUCUGCAGUUUGGACUCUGAACUAUUGAAAGAGGUGCAGCACAUGGUUAUCAGUGCUGACCAGCUCACAACACACACCACAGAGGUGAUUGGAAGAGGCCAUUUUGGGUGUGUAUUCCAUGGAACUCUCUUAGCCCAAGAUGGGAAGAAUAUACAUUGUGCAGUGAAGUGUCUGAAUAGAAUCACUUGCUUAGAACAAGUAACUCAGUUCCUGAAGGAAGGAUUAAUAAUGAAAGAUUUCAAACAUACCAACGUUCUCUCUCUGCUCGGAAUCUGUCUUCCUAACCAAGGAUCCCCGCUGGUAGUACUACCAUAUAUGAAACAUGGUGACCUACGGAACUUUAUCAGAGAUGAAAGUCAUAAUCCAACAGUAAAGGAUCUUAUUAGGUUUGGACUACAUGUUGCAAAAGGAAUGGAAUACCUUGCAAGUAAUAAGUUUGUUCACCGAGAUCUUGCAGCAAGAAACUGCAUGUUAGAUGAAAACUAUAUUGUGAAAGUUGCUGAUUUUGGGCUCGCAAGAGAUAUUUAUGAGAAGGAAUAUUACAGCAUUAAUAACAAAAGUAGUGCCAAACUGCCAGUGAAGUGGAUGGCCCUGGAAAGUCUGCAGACACAGAAAUUCACAACAAAGUCUGAUGUGUGGUCUUUCGGAGUGCUGUUGUGGGAGUUGAUGACACGAGGGGCACCACCUUAUCCUGAUGUUGACUCAUUUGAUGUUACUGUUUACCUGCUACAAGGGAGGAGGUUACUGCAGCCUGAGUACUGUCCUGAUUCACUAUAUGAAGUAAUGCUAAAAUGCUGGCACCCUAAACUUGAAACACGACCAACGUUCUCUGAGGUAGUUUCAAAAAUAUCAUCAAUUCUUUCCACUUUUACUGGGGAUCACUACAUACAGUUAAAUACAACCUACGUGAACAUAAGCUGUGGAGUACCCUAUCCGCCUGUUUAUUCAUCUCAAGAUCAUUUGGAUGGAGAUGCUCACGUGUGAUCGAAGGCAAUUUUUUUGUAAAGGAUAUUUUAACAGCAGGCGAUGCAGGAAGUCAGUUCUGGCAGCUACAAGAAACAAGCCCUGCACAAAAUGUGCUGUUUGUAUCAACAGUAGCAAAUGUGUGAACCUUAAAUUACUUCAAAGAGAAAUUGAAAGAGAUGAAUCACAUCUGAAGACUGUAUCGCUGUUUGUCAUCUUUGGGAAACCCAUUUGUAGUCACUGUUGUAAUACGUUGUGAUGUUAACUGUAAGAAAAAAUGGUUAUGACAGAUUUAAAUUCAAAAUUACUUCCGUCCUGUAAAAUUAAUAAAAUGUUCUAUUUUUUUA